GAUCCAGCUGCACUCCUCCUCUGUCGUGUCUUCCGGGUUCACAGGGCAAAGCAGAUAAAAGGAUCUGUCAAUCUGAGUAUAUUUUGCAAGAUGGACAGCAUGAACAGCUUUUGGCAAUUGGGUGAUGAGCUUCGAGGACAGUCAAAAGUCGCAGAAGAUCAAAAAUGGUUUAUGGCUGCUUCAAAGUUGGCUGAGCAGACAAGGGUAAAGGGCGAGCGUAUGAAUAACCUUGAUCUUUCAAAGGGCCCAGCCGAGACAAGGGCAAGGGAUAAAUUUGGGUUCCAGGAAGAUAACAAAUUUGAAAGCCUUAACUUUAACAUGCUGAGCUUGGACUCUAAAGUAAAUGAAAAUGUGAGCAAAAGUUCCUUUAGGAAUGGUAUUUAUAACAUGAAUGCAGUUUAUCAGAAAAACAAUGCAAGUGUUGUGGGAAACAUGACUGGUAACAAGUACAGCAACAAAGAAAUCAACAACAGCAAUAUCAACAAUGAAUCUGCAAAUACUGUUGAAAAAAGGUUCAAGACCUUGCCGGCAACCGAGACGCUCCCGAGAAAUGAGGUGCUUGGAGGUUACAUCUUUGUGUGUAACAAUGACACAAUGCAGGAAGAUUUAAAGCGACAAUUAUUUGGUUUACCUCCAAGAUAUAGGGAUUCUGUUCGGGCAAUAACACCAGGCUUGCCUUUGUUUCUCUACAACUAUACAACACACCAACUGCAUGGCAUUUUCGAGGCAGCAAGCUUUGGUGGUUCAAACAUUGAUCCAACUGCUUGGGAAGACAAGAAAUGUAAAGGCGAGUCGAGAUUUCCUGCUCAGGUAAGGAUCCGCGUUAGGAAACUCUGCAAGGCUUUGGAAGAAGAUGCCUUCAGGCCAGUCUUGCACCACUAUGAUGGUCCCAAGUUUCGUCUUGAGCUGUCAAUUCCUGAGACCCUGGAUCUAUUGGACCUAUGCGAACAAGCGGGCUCUGCAGCAUAAGCUAAAUGUUGGCAGCAAGAUGCCGAUGUAGUAGGUUUUUUGUGGUGCAUGUCAGCUGUGUGCUUUCAACAGCUUUUCCAUGGAGCGCAAGCUUGGGGGUUAAGUCUGGUAUUUACUUUAUCUUGUGGAGUUAUAUAGUGCUUAGCGUGAGUGAGAGCCUGCUGAAUAAGUGAGUGUGUCUCUUGUGAAGAUACUUGUUUAAGUUGUACAACAUUUGAGAGCUCGGGUUUUAUGAUGAUGAAAAAUGAAGUCGCAAGAUGUAAAAGAGAUAUAUGACUGCUCUGUAAUGUAAUGUAGGAGUGGUAAAACCUCUGAAGGCCAAGUCCUUGAUGCGAUGUGUCUCUAAUCUAUUGGGUUGUUCCUUGUGUUGGUUUGGUCAA